GCUGGGGAUGGCCUCUCGGCGCCCUCUGCGCGUCGGCACUCUUCGCCGGGCAGUUGGGGCGCCCUCCGCUGUGGCCCCGGGCGGAGGAGAGGAGUUUCCGGGGCUCCGGUCCCCGAAGCCAUCCCGGCCGGGGAGGCGCGGAAGCGAGUGGGCGGCGAGAGGCGGAGCAAGGGCCGCGGGGGGCGUGGACGCAGCCGGCUUUGGAAAGGCCCCAAGUUAAUGAGGCGUGCGCCGGCGGCAGAGCGCCUUUCGGAGCUGGGCUUUCCCCCGCGGCGCGGGCGCCAGGAGCCGCCUUUUCCGCUGGGUGUCACUCGGGGGUGGGGAGGAUGGCCCAUUCAAAAGCGCCGCGAGGGGCCGCCAGUGCCCUUCAGUGAGCGCUCGCAAGAGGACGGCAGAGGCCCGGCGUCUCGCAGCUCCGGGACCUUGUGGCGCAUCAGGACGCGGUCUGCCCUGUGCCGGGACCCCGAGCCGCCGCCGUCGCUGUGCUUCCUGCGCGUUAGCCUCUUCUGCGCGCUCCGGCCGGGCGGCCUCGGGAGCCGCUGGGGCGAGGACGGCGCGCGGCUGCUGCUGCUGCCCCCGGCCCGGGCGGCUGGAAGUGGAGAGGCCGAGCCGAGCGGCGGCCCCCCCUAUGCCGGGAGGAUGUUGGAGAGCAGCGGCUGCAAGGCGCUGAAGGAGGGUGUGUUGGAGAAGCGCAGCGACGGGUUGCUGCAGCUCUAGAAAAAGUGCUGCAUCCUCACUGAGGAAGGGCUGCUGCUCAUCCCGCCCAAGCAGCUGCAGCAGCAGCAGCAGCAGCAGCAGCAGCAGCAACAGCAGCAGCAGCAGCAGCAGCAGCAGCCCGGGCAGGGUCCGGUCGAGCCUCCCCAACCUGGAGGCCCCGCUGUGGCCAGCCUCGAGCCGCCGGUCAAGCUCAAGGAACUGCACUUUUCCAACAUGAAGACCGUGGACUGCGUGGAACGCAAGGGCAAGUACAUGUACUUCACUGUAGUGAUGGCCGAGGGCAAGGAGAUCGACUUUCGGUGUCCGCAGGACCAGGGCUGGAACGCGGAGAUCACGCUGCAGAUGGUGCAGUACAAGAACCGGCAGGCCAUCCUGGCGGUCAAGUCCACGCGGCAGAAGCAGCAGCACCUGGUCCAGCAGCAGCCCCCGCAGCCGCAACUUCAGCCUCCACACCAAACCCAGCCUCAGCCUCAGCCCCCGUCCCAAGCCCAGCCGCAGCCUCAAACCAAGCCGCAGCCCCAACCCAAGCCCCAGCCCCAGCCCCAGCCGCAGCCGCUCCACCCGUAUCCGCACCCGCAUCCUCACUCGCACCCGCACUCGCACCCGCACUCGCACCCGCACCCACACCAACCACCGCUCUCGCAGCCCCACGGCCACCGGCUUCUCCGCAGCACCUCCAACUCUGCCUGAAGAGGGCAGCACCCGGGCCAGCCGAGGUUUUGAGGACUUGAGGAAGUGGGACGAUCACCCUUCUAUUGUCUUCACUUGGAUUGAGAAAAGUCUCCCCGCCCCGCACCAGAUCAAGUAGUUUGGACAUAAACCGACUGAUAACUUGAGAUUCCGCUUCGUUUUCUGCAUUCUCUUUCUUCAUCACAAUGCAGGAAAUGAUUUCGAGUCCAGAAGGCUUUAUUUAUGAACCUUUGAAAGGAUCUUCCAGUAUGGUGGACCUUCUAGGAGCGAUCAUGUACUGUAAUUUUAUUUUAAUGUAUUUUGAUUUAUGAUUAUUUAUUAGUUUUUUUUAAAUGCUUAUUCUAAGACAUUUCUGAAUGUAGGCCAUUUUCCAAAAAAGAAACUUUAUUUUCAAAAACCUAUUCCGUAGUAAGUUCUAAUCUUGGAAAAGAAGGAAGUAAAAGGGCGGUGGAGGGGAAUACAUUAAGAAUCUAUUCAUGAUUCCUAGGGCAUUUUCAGAAGGUCUGACACUUCAUUGUUGUACCAGGUGAUUGAAAUUAAACUCUGUGAUAUUACUUUUUUUUUGAGAUUUUUUUCUUAGACAUAUAUUUUGUGUAGAAUAGAAGCUUAAAGAACCUAAACGUUCAGAAUUGUGUAAUUAUAAAAAUCUAAUUGUUUUUCUGAAAGGAAAUCAGUAGUAAUGAUAUCUAAUUCAAAUAUUUAAAACAUAACCCAACUGAUGGCAAAAUGAUCAUAUCCUGAAUAUAUGGGAGGGUUAGGUCUGCUGUGGGAAAGGCCUUGCUUAGCUCAUCUGUGUGGGAAGGGUUUAAUAAGGAGUUUUCAGUGAUUUCUGAGUAUAAAUGCAUCAGGAGUUUCAUUUCAAAAAACAUAGUGGGGGGGAAAGAAUUACUGCAAAUACUGAGAGAACAUUUGUGCUCUUAUCCACAACGGUGAUGACCCUUCUUCAAGAGCUUUGUGCAUUUGCUGUGAACCACAUUUUCUGAUCCUUGUACUUUGUUCUAGAAGCAUAUUCUAGAAUCUCAUAGAUUGAAAUACAGUUUGUAAAUCUUUCAAAGGACUAGAAGUCAUAGCUUUUUGUUUUUAUCCUGAGAUCAACAUUGAUCAGAGACACCAAUGGUUUUGCUUUUUAUUGCUCUUUGAGAAAUCCAAGGGUUAUAUGUUUUGUUGUUAGGUUAGCUAAACUCGGAAAUUGAAAAAGGAAGGACUGGAUAAACAGUGGAUUUGCAGUAAGAAAACAACCCCAGUCUUGUUUUAGCAGCUACUUGUUCAGGAGUCUGGGGAGGUUGCGGGGAGCGGGUGGGGUGGGGGAGAAGAGGAUGUGCUUUUAAAGGUAGAACAAACCCUCUUCUGUGCUAAAUCAAAAGGAUGGUCAAAAUCCACAAAGGCAGAUGCUACUUAAGUUUAAAAAGAGCCGUGGAUGCUACCAAAUCCUCUUGGGGCUGAAAAUCACUUCCUAUCUGCACAGCUUGACUAACGGGUUUCUCUGUCUUCCAUUAUCUUCUUCGCAAAGUCUUGAUCACUAUUUUUCCAGCUUCCAAAUCGGAAUGGUCAGUAUGAAGCCAUUGCUAAGUUCUACAGUUGAGAAAUGAAAAUAGAAUUUCAUGCUAGAGAUGUCUUUAUUCACCUUCCAUCUAAAAAGGAGUUUCAAGGUCAAAUUAACUUUUCAGUGCAGUAUUUAAAUGAUAAUUUGAGAUCAUAACUUGAAUCCAAAAAGUGGCAGAGGAAAAUAAAAUUCAGGCAAAUGGCAAGCAAGUCUUCAGUGGACUCCCACUUUCAGAGGCUGACUUGCAGUUACAUAUAUAUGCAUAUAUGUGUAUAUAGGGCAGGAGUUCUUAAGUCAAGUUUGGUUUGACUUCUUUGGAAGCACAGCUGUACUUAGUAAUAGUGCCUCUUUGUACUGUUGUUUUAAUAUCUGUGGGUCAUAUAACCCCAACUAAACCACAGCUUUUUUUUUCCAGAUGGAAGGAUUUUUCUUUCAAAUUCUUGAGUGAUAAAGAAAGUAAAAUCCAUACCAAAUACUUUUAAAAUUAAGAUUCAUGGAUGCUUUUAAAGGCAUUUGUAUGUUGUUAUCUUACAUACAGUCUAGGUAGCAUUGUCCAAAAAAAAUAUAUAUAUAUAUUAUAUAUAUAUACACAUAUAAAAUACAUAUAUAUACGCCCAGGCUCCCGCCUGGCUGCUGGAAUUUUUUAUUUCUCACAAUGGCCAUGGGUCUUAAUGGCCACCAGAAUCAUGGUUCCUUAUCUCAUCUUUCCACAGCCCUUAUCCUUGCUCUGCUGUGAUAUUUACAUUGAAUUGACCGUCUUCCUGGCUCAAUAGUCUGAACCCUUUUUAGAAUCCGACAGUGAAACCUCAGAAUUUAGAAAGGAGAGGAGCAGGAUGGUUUUUGUUGUUUAACACUUAUUAUAGUUUAAUAAUUUUUCCAGAACAACAACAAAAAAUGAGCAUGCUUAACACUACUCAACAGAAACACAAAAGCAAACCAUUUAAUGUGUCGGUGGCUUGAUUUUACCUGUAAGAAAAUGAUACAAACCACCUAAGGUGUUAUGAGGCCUGACAACUCACCUUCAUGGAGAAAGGUAAAAAUACUUCUUUCAGCCCAAGAAAGAGAAGAGGGAAAGGGCAGGUCCAAUGGAAAACCCACCCCUUAAGUAAACAUCAAAUGGAAAAAGUGGGAAAAUGAAUGUCCCAUCUGGAAACGGAACAUUUUGUCUUUGAACUUGUGUUGGCACCAAGCCUCAUACACAGCUCAAUAAGUAUUUGUUGAGACGAAUGAAUGAAAGAAGGAAAAAAUGUCUAACUCCCAGCACCCAGGAGGUGGUUUCUCUUGCCUCACACAGUGCUUCCUUUACUGGCUCUCAUGCCUUUCCUUGAGAACAGCUAAUCCUGGGACAGGCUGUGCAUCGUGACGAAAUUCCUUGGACAUAAACUUCCUUAGCAGAAAUCCACGCAGAUCUGCGUAUGCCCUACAGGGAGUGCUGAGGUCAGAGAGUAAGUGGUGAUAAAGGGCCCUUUCAAAAUGAACAUGUCCCUCAUAGAGGAACAGGGAUUCUCUCAUCAUGCAGAAAUCAAACCGACUUUGUAUUUCUUUUCACAUAUUUUUUUCAACGGAGGCAAAAAGAAAAAAAAAAGCCAACUCUUUGCUGAAAAGAGUUCCUCUUACACGUAAACACUGUUAGGAACUCCGGAUUAAGUUGAGAGAUCUGUUUUAAUUUUUUUUGCUCUUAUAUACCAAACACUCUAUUUCUUUCUUUUUAUAGGCUCCUUAUUUUAAAUUCGACACUAUAUGAAUUUGUUGCCAGUGUGGGAGUUCAAACACAUCACUUGUUUACUGUCCCCAGGGCAAGGUGACUUGGCUUUAGCUUGGAUCGAGGUGUGUACAAUGUCAUGUUCAGUGGCAGAUUUGGAAGAGAAGCUCUAAGACUUGAAUUCAACUGGAGGAGGAUGGGCCUGUGAGCAUUCAUUCUUCUCUUUUUUUUUUGGAAAGGUCAAAUGCAUUGGUUUUUUGCUUUACCAAUAAAAUGCCCUCAGCAGAAGAAAACUUAAAUUUGGUAAUUAUAGAGCUUGAUAUUUAAUCCAUCAGUGAUUCUUUCAAGAGAAAUACACCUGCUUACCUAAAGUAACCGAAGAUGUGUUAAUUGUGGAAUCGCUUUGGAUGGGUUUUUAGGAACUAUUUUGUAAAUUCUUGACACAGUUUAAAGGGGGAAUUUUGAUCUGCAGUGCUGAACAGCCAAUCUAGAUUUAUGUAAGAUUGGAUGACAAUGUGAUUGCGACUUUGUUGGCAGGAUGUCUGCCAAAUGAAGUAUAGAAUUCAGAGUUUCUUAGAAAGGACCUUAUUGUCCAGUGAAGGAAGCAGAGGACUCCGGACCAUUAGAAGCACCUGCCUAAAAGUUGCAUGAAAACUCCUACUUGCUCUGAAGCUGGCCUGCUGGUGAUCAGCUGGGUGGUAGGGAAGCAGAUUUUAACAACAGGUGGUCCUUCCAGAUCACUGUAUUUAUUUUGAGAAGAAAGAUAAAAUGAUUGUUUGUUACAUUCGCCUGUCCGCCUUCUGCUUAGAGUUUCAGAAUAUGCAAACGCCAGCUUUGAAAAGCUAGCAUCACCAUGUACCGAAUGCUUUGCAAAUUAUCAUGUUGGUGAACUUAACGGUGUGGUCAUAAUUUGUGUAAAUAUGUCUCUUAAAUGAUUCUGGAGAGAUGUGAUUUAUUUUUCACAUUUUCAAAAUGCAUUCCAUUUCAAAUAAAGUAUCUAUGGAGAUGACU